AAACGAGGAAGAACCUAACUGAAUUAGUCCAAUAGAAACUCUCGUUUUCGUUGUAAAAACGCAACUGUUUACAACUGUGUGGACGAAUGAUUACACCACCGUCUCGUAAAGCAGGGGAUACGCGUUUGCAGCGAUACAACUGAAGAGAAAGCAGUACCAAGUAUUAUCGUGCGUCGGAUCAGUGGAACAACAGCGAGCAAAUAGAACGGAAGGAAUGUACCAGCAACGGUGUUCAACUAUUAGAUCAGCAGCUUGAUCAACUGUCUCCGGGCGCUGGAUCCGCUACAUUAGGCCUGAUGGAGCUGGGCACUCGCCGAGCGCUGACCACUGAGGAACACCCGCCACACUCUGUCCCCCACUGCCAACCUUGAAGGGAGGGACCCUCUGCUUCUCCCCCCCCCUAUCCCCUUCCCUUCUCCCCUCCUCCUCCUCCUCUACUCCAACAUUACCUCCUCUGAUACACCUCCAUCCUCACCCCUCCGUGGUCCUGAGAUGGUGAUGAUGGGGAAGCUGAAGCAGAACCUGCUGGUGGCCUGUCUGGUCAUCAGCUCAGUCACAGUCUUCUACUUGGGUCGUCACGCCAUGGAGUGUCACCACCGCAUCGAGGAGCGCAGCAGCCAGCCUGGGGACCAAGGGGUUCUGGGGGGCCUUCAGGGGCCGGGAGGGGUCCUCCUGGGCGGCUCGUUGGGCUCCUCCGCCAUCCUGCGGGGCUCUGGUCCUGGGGGCCAUAACCUCUCCGCUCCAUUCGUCUACAACAAGGACAUGCCCCUAGUGUUCAUUGGAGGUGUUCCCAGGAGUGGGACCACGUUGAUGAGAGCCAUGCUGGACGCUCACCCCGAGGUUCGUUGUGGAGAGGAGACCAGGGUUAUUCCACGUAUCCUGGCCAUGAAACAGAUGUGGUCGCGGUCGGGGAGGGAGAAGAUGCGUCUGGACGAGGCUGGGGUGACGGACGAGGUCCUGGACGCCGCCAUGCAGGCCUUCCUCCUAGAGGUCAUCGUGAAGCACGGCGAACCCGCCAACUUCCUCUGUAACAAGGACCCCUUCGCUCUGAAGUCCCUCUCCUACCUGGCUAAGAUCUUCCCGCACGCCAAGUUCGUGCUCAUGAUCCGGGACGGACGCGCCUCGGUCCAUUCGAUGAUCUCCCGUAAGGUGACGAUCGCUGGCUUUGACCUGGGCAGCUACAGAGACUGCCUGACCAAGUGGAACAGGGCCAUAGAGACCAUGUACACUCAGUGCCUGGAUGCCUCAGACAAGUGUCUGCCGGUGCAUUAUGAACAGCUGGUGCUCCAUCCAGAGAAGUGGAUGAGGACGCUGCUCAAAUUCCUGGACAUUCCCUGGAACGAGGCGGUGCUUCACCAUGAGGAACUCAUAGGGAAAGCAGGUGGUGUUUCCCUCUCCAAGGUGGAGAGGUCUACAGACCAGGUGAUCAAGCCGGUCAACGUGGAGGCCUUAUCCAAGUGGGUGGGCAAGAUCCCUGCGGACGUACUGAGAGACAUGCCCGUCAUCGCCCCCAUGUUGUCCCGUCUAGGGUACGACCCCCACGCCAACCCUCCCAACUACGGCCGGCCAGACCCCAAGGUCCUUGACAACACCAGGAGGGUCUUUAAAGGUGAAUUUCAGCUACCUGAGUUUCUAAGAGAACAAUCUCAGCUUCAGAAGACUCCAGAGAAACCUAACCCGCCACAGGUGGAGCCAGACUAGGCAGCGAUGGACAGAGGAAGAUAUCCAAUAAACUCAACAUCAUCUUUUGGGGACCUUCGUGCUCUUCCAUGGACACGACUUGAUAUAACCGUUUUCCUCUCACACACACACACACACACACACACACACACACACGUUAGCCUGUGUCAGUGGGGACCGGACCACCUUGGCUUGGAGAACUCUUUUGGCCUUCGAUGUUGUACUGUAAACUAAUGUGUUUUGUCACUAAAAUGGUGACCGGAAAAUGUUGAUGUUAUGUUUCUUUCUUGUCUAGGGCUGCAAAAUUCUGGCAAAUUUCAAAAGAUUCCUAGAUUUUUCCAGACGAUUCCGGAGUUCAGCAAGAAAUCUGUAAUCCUACAACUAGGAUUUCUGGAAAACAUUUUGAAAUUUGACGGAAAGUUUGCAGAAUUUUGCAACACUAUUCUUGUCACACCAUGCUCAUCUGGAUUUGUAGUUUUUAUGGUUUUCUUCUGGCUAUAUAAAAAAAAAAUCUGUGAUUCUGUUGUAAGAAACUACAGUGGACUUUAAAUGUAAAUCAAAAAAGUAUACAGUAUUUAUAGAUGAAAUUUAGCUUUUUGAAGAUGCUAUAUCUAUUUUAAUGUUUCAUUUUGUUUUUUCAUGCCUUUUGUAUCGUUACAAUUCCAUGGGUACUGUGAUGUACAAGAUCCUAGUUAAGUAUUGACAGUGAUAAAGAUGGCAUUUUGUAACGUG